AUUGUGUACAAAUAUGUACAGCUGAGUUUGCGCAUAAAGAAGCACAACAAUCCGCAUAACGCUUCACAUUUCAGAAUCGAAUGUUAGAAGCAGAACAAUCACAAAAUGGAUCAACAAGGAGGACUACUACGCAGAUUAUCUGACGCGAUGGCGCCACAAGAUGGCGAGAAUUGGGACCCCUCAUCGUAUGACCCACCUGUCAAUCCCACCGGACUAGACAGCAAGGACGCGUCCGAAUUGAUGCGACGAGUUUCAGACGCGAUCGCUCCGUCUGAGAUGUUUGACAAUCCUUCCACCUAAGCACCACCUGUUCUCCGAGCUUUCACGACUGAACGAGUACUUCAACACGUAUGGUACCCACCUGUGUACUCAAGGUGUGCAGGUCGGUGCUAACCUUAAGCAUGUGCGUGACUGAAGGCAGGAAGGAUCGCUGGGAGCUGUCCACGCGGGCAAUGUUAUAAAUCUCAUUUUAAAAUCGAGAGACGAAUGUCAAUAAAGAAAAAGAAACGGAGUCCAAACUACAGAUGUCCCUAUUUGUAUUCAGUAGAAGUUAUGGAGGGUACUCUGUAGCAUAUAUCUUGCGAUUGAGUGAAAUUGUGCCUUUCCCACUGUUUCGACAGUAGUG